AUGAAUAUUAUACACUUUCUGUUGACCAUUCCGGUCAUUUUUGUAUCUGGAGCGGACAAGAUGCCUGCGGGAGAAAGUUCUAGAACCUCUAAACCCAGUCCCCUAGUAACCCUAGAAUCGGCGGUAACACAACCUUCAAAGGACCCAUUCAAGACAAUUAGUGCCUUGUCAAAAGCAACAAAAGUAUGGAAGUCAGCGGUAUCAGUAUCAGGUGACUCUAAGACUGUACCUACUCCAGUUUCGGAACCAAUGAUCACUCGAUCUUUUCAAGAACCAGUAUCUCAAGAACUUGAAUUCCAAUCAGAUACUGAAAUUAAUGAGUCAGGAUCCGGUUCAGAUGAGGAUGAGGAUGACGAUGACGAUGAGGAGGAAGAAGAAGACGAUAAAUCUACCUCAUCUAAAAACGGAAAAGGCAGCCCAAAAGCUCAGCCUGGAGUAUCUUCAAGCAGUACAUCCUCAGCAAGUCCAACAUCUCCAACUACAACAUUAUCACAAACUGGAUUGGGACCAAGUGGUUCCCACGCUCAACAAGAUCCCGGUGUAGGUGUUCCAGGAGUUGGUGUUCCAGGAGUAGGUGUUCCAGGAGUAGGUGUUCCAGGAGUAGGUGUUCCAGGUGUAGGUGUGCCAGGUGUAGGAGGUGUUCCCGGAGUUGGCGUUGCACCAGGGGUAGGUGUUCCAGGAGUUGGUGUUGCACCAGGUGUAGGUGUUGGAGCUGAUAGUAGUGGAUUGCCUGGAAGUGGUGGUCUUGGAGCAGGAGCAAAGGCUGGGAAAGGUCAAGGAUCUGGUCUACAGGGACCAGGAGGUGUUGGAGUAGUACCUGGUGUAGGUGAUGCAGCUUCUUCUUCUUCACCAGGAAAACCUCCAGGAGUAGGAGCAGGAGUUAUGCCUGGAGUUGGUGUACGAGCACAAGGAGGAGUAAUAAUUGGUGCGCCAGGAGUAGCAGGUGUGCCAGGAGGAAAGCCAGGACAACCAGUAUCUCAAGAACUUGAACUGAAAUCAGACACUGAAAUUAAUGAGUCAGGUUCCAGUUCAGAAGGGGAAGACGAUGACGAUGAAGAAGAGGAAGAAGAAAAUAAAUCUACCUCAUCUAAAGGAGCAGGAGGAAAGGCUGGAAAAGGUCAAGGAUCUGUAUCACCAGGAGGAGGAUCCUCAGCAAGUCAAACAUCUCCAACUACAACACCACAAUCUGGCUUGGCAUCAAGUGGUUCUCAUGCUCAACAAAGUCCUCAACAAGAUCCAGCGCCUAGUAAACCUAGUGGAGGAGGUGUGCCAGGAGUUGGAGUUCCUGGUGUUGGCGUUCCCGGUGUUGGAGUACCAGGAGUAGGAGUUGCGCCGGGAGUUGGUGUUGUACCUGGAGUAGGGGGUGCAACAACUUCUUCAUCAUCAACAACUUCAACUUCAACUUCAACUACUACUACUACUACAACUUCAUCAGGAAAACCUUCAAACCAAGGAAGCCAUGGUACUUCUCCAAGAAAUGCAGUAACCAGACAAACUGACUCAAUAUCAGGACCCAUACCAUCACCAGGAGAUCCAAGAGCAAUUACUGGACAAAUGGGUUUGUUAUAUUCAAGUAAAUCUUUUGUAGGUGAAGGAGAAAGGUUUGCUGUACAGUUCCUGGGAGAUUUUAAACCAAAACCAAGGAGAUAUGAAGGACAAGGAACAGAUGCAGUAAAACUAAAACAAUUCAUUUUCGAAGAGGUCAAAUCGCUGGUGCAAACCUUAAUAAACCUUAAAUUAGCAAUUGCAAACGACUUUGUUGAAAUCAGUGAAAAGUUGAAAAAGAAAAAUCAAAAUUACGUACCGAAAUUAAAGUUGUUAAAAGGAGAACAAUUUGACACCAAACAGAAGGUAGCCAACGUACUAAAAGGGUUCAAUUCUCUGUACUUCGUAUUUUUUAUGAACCUUAACCUAGCGAAAGAAGUUAACAAACCGGAAGAAUUGGCAGAAUUUCUUUGGAAACUAAAUACAAUCCCAGAUAAAGUAGGAAGAGAAUUUGAGUUAGCAAUAGAAAAAACUAAAGGUUCAGAGAAAAAGAAGGAAUUAGAAGAAGCAUUUAAUUCAAUAGGGUUAGGUUUCAAAAUAGCACAGUACGCAACAAAUGACAUCCUCUCAAGUAUAACAAAUUCAGUCUACUCCCUGAUAAAACUAAAGAAUUUUGGAGAUGAUUUUGUUACCGAAGUAAGAAAGUCACUGCAAAUGGUUCCACACCAAAAGAACCUAAACGGAUCAGCAUUUAUAGUCAAAAUCUCAGAAAUAAUCAACAAAAAAGGAACAGAAGAUCAGGAUCAAACAUCAGGAAGUGGGUCAAAAGGAACAGAAGGAGGAUCACUAAGGGGGCAAGAUUUGACAGAAGAAGAAGUUUUGAAAGUUCUGGAUGAACUAGUGAAGGAUGUAAGCGAAGAACAUGUUGGAAUAGGAGAUUUAAGUGACCCAAGUAGCAGAACACCAAAUGCAAAACCAGCCGAACUUGGACCUUCACUAGUGAUACAAAAUGUACCGUCAGACCCCUCAAAAGUGACACCAACACAGCCUUCAAAUUUGCCACAAGUACCAACAACAGGGCCGGGGAACGGGACGGAUGGAACAACAACAGGACCAGGUGGAAACGGGGAAGGAGGCAAAGAUUUGAAGGAAGGAGAAAAGAAAGAAGGAUUAUUUCAAAAGAUCAAAAACAAACUCUUGGGCUCAGGAUUCGAAGUCGCAAGUAUUAUUAUACCAAUGACAACAAUCAUAUUCAGCAUAGUCCACUAA